AUGUCUGGGACCGUGGGCAUAUUCGAUGCGAACCCGUACGAAUCGCACGCUAGUCUGACCGUGCUAGAGGCGAAUGUUUUAUGGGAGUACGCCAAAUUAUCGCAACACGUCAAAGAUUUGACCGUCACUACGAGACGGCUAUCCGAGGGACCAGAUGAGAAUCUUAUUGCGCGUUUAAGAGUAUUGGAGAGAAAAAUGGGCUUGGUGUUGACAUUGUUCAAAGCAUCAGUCUGGGGCGUUAUCAAUGAGCAGCCAGUCCAAGAGAUUGAGGGUGGAUACGAGCACGCGACGGCUGAUCCACGAAGAUGA